AAUCCACAACCUGUUACACUGCACUCACAUACGUUACUAAUUGCUAAUCUUGCUUUGACAACAAACACUUUUCGCUUGACCCUGGUUCACUGCCUACGCUGUGCACAUCCCGACAACAACGUCUUUGACCAACUAGGCCUGAACUAUACCAUCAAAAUGACGUCUCAGGAGUUUAAGCGUUAUAUCCAUUAAGUUCCGUAGAUGUCUCCUGCGAGGUGCCUUCGAUCAGUGUCCUGCCAACCGCACAUGGCCAUCACCAUCACUUGCGUACAAAGAUAUAGACAACAAGAACAACAAAGGUUAAGACAAUAGUCAUCUAGAGGAGCUUCGACCAGCAAAACACGCCGAGAACCAACAACAAGACCUACAGUGUCCGCCACGAUGUCACAUCACCACGGCAAGCAUGGCAAGGGAAUGCACCACCUGUCGCCGCACAACCACGACACCCACGGCUGGGUGGAGGGCAUCACGAGCCUCAAGGCCGAUGAUCGUGCAGUGGAGCUGCUCGCGGAGGAGCCCGAGCGCCGCCCUGCUGCCAUGAACGGCACAGCCUCCGCAGCAGCAGCAGCAGCCACAGCGGCGGCAGCGGUCGCACGCAAAGCCGCCGCCGCCGCAGCAGCACCCGCAGGGCCCGCCUCGGAAGGGGUUGCUGCUGCUGGUGCUGCUGGCGAUGCUGCUGGAGCUACCGGCACCGGGGCUGAGGGGGGCGGUUCAGCUGGCAACGCAGCAGCAGCUGGGGUGGCUCCUGCCGUUGCGGGUGCAGGAGCGGGUGCGGGUGCAGGUGCGGGCGGCUCGGUGGUGGUGACCCGGCCCGAGGACUACGAGGCGGUGCUGCAGCACGCGCUGGAGGUGAUGGUUUCGGAGAUCGAGGCGGUGGGUGAGAUGGUUCUGGACGUGGGUGCGCCGCUGGGCUGGGGACCCGUGGGUCUGUCCCCGCAGCAGCUGGCCUCCUGCCUGGACCGCAUCAGGGAGGCGGUGGAGCCGCUGGAGGUGGAUGUGACGGUGGUGCAACAGCGUACCUCGCAGCUGCCCUCAGCGGCCGGGGAGACAGUGGAGUGUGCGACGGCUGAUGUGCUGCUGCGGCGGCGACCCACCCCCCGGGGCCCGCUGGAGGUGCGGGUGGCGAUCAUCGGCAACGUGGACAGCGGCAAGUCGACCAUGGUGGGUGUGCUCACUCGCUCCAUCCUGGAUGACGGCCGCGGACUGGCGCGGUCCAAGGUGUUCAAGCACCACCACGAGGAGGCCACGGGGCGCACCUCCUCCAUCGGCCAGCACACGCUGUGCCUGGACAGCCGGGGGGCCAUCCUCAACGACAACCAGUUCAGGACCCAGACCUGCCACGAGUACAUCUCCCGCGCCAGCAAGGUGCUGACGCUGGUGGAUUUGGCGGGGCACGAGAAGUACUUUCGAACCACCGCGUACGGCCUCACUGGCCACCUGCCCGACUACGCGUGCCUCAUUGUGGGCGCAAACAUGGGCGUGGUGGGCAUGUGCAAGGAGCACCUGGGAGUGGCCCUAGCGCUGAAGGUCCCGGUAUUCUUCGUGGUCACCAAGGUGGACAUCGCGCCCGACCACAUCCUCAAGCAGACAGUGCAGAACCUGGCGUCCAUCCUCAAGAAGCCGGGAGUCAAGAAGAAGCCCUUCCUCGUGAAGAGCCAGGAAGACGUGUUGCUAUGCGCGCGCAACAUGAACACCGACUCCCUUGCGCCCAUCUUCCUGACUUCCGCGGUAACAGGCAAGGGGCUGGACCUGGUCCGCCUGUUCUACAACCUGCUUCCGCAGCGGCACCGCUGGGUGGACAAGCAGUCGGAGCUGGCGGAGUUUGUGAUUGACGAGACGUUCGGGGUGCCGGGUGUGGGCACGGUAGUGGCGGGCACUGUGAAGCGCGGCGUCAUCACACCCAACACCGUCCUGCUGCUGGGUCCCGACAUCGGCGACGGCAGCUUCAAGUCCGCAGCCAUCAAGUCCAUCCACUACAAGCGCCUGCCCGUGUCCACCGUGGUAGCCGGCCAGACGGCGGCACUGGCGCUCAAGAAGACCAAACGCAACCAGGUCCGCAAGGGCAUGGUGCUGGUGGACGAGCGGCUCAAGCCCGCCGCCAGCUGGGAGUUCGACGCCGACAUCGCCAUCCUCACGCACUCCACCACCAUCCAGCCGCGAUACCAGGCGGUCAUCCACUGCGAGAUCAUCCGCCAGGCCGCGAAAGUGGUGGCCAUGGACCGGGAACGUCUGCGCUCUGGCGACCGCGCCUGCGUGCGCUUCCGCUUCCUGCAGCGCCCCGAGUACGUCACCCCCGGCACGCGCUUCGUGUUCCGCGAGGGUCGCACCAAGGGCAUCGGCAUCGUGGUGGGCACGGAGCACCAGCCGGCAGCCGACCGCAUCAUGAGCCCGCUGCCGCAGGGGGCGGAUGCGGAGGCGGCUGGGGGCGGCGGUGCUGCCGCUGCAGCGGGAGCAGGAGGGGGUGAGGGAGGCAGUGGCGGCGGCUGCAGGCAGGACCCCGACAGCAGGCCGGAUGGGCUGGAGGCGGACCGUGAGCGUGAGAGGGCGCUGGCGGAGGUGGGGCCGGAGGGCAGGUAGGGCAGGUAGCGAGGUAGGGCAGGACAAGCCGGUUCGACCAGGGUCCGGGCGGAGGAGGGCGGAAGGCUACUAGCCUGAGAAGAUAAGUAGUACUGGUAUUGUAAGGCUGUACGAAUGGGCGUGCCUUUUUGUUCGCGUGAUGGCGGUGGUGCCAUGUGUGGUGUUGUGGCACCAGGGGGCUUCACGCGUGUGUGGAGGCCGGCAGUCGGGUCCGAAUGGCAGAAGACCACUGCGGGGCUCCGUAAAGAUGGGAUGGGUUGGAAUGGUUUGUGAUGUGAGUGCCUGGGAGGGUGGCUUUUGUGGGUCCUGGCUAGUGUGGUGUGCGGAUAUGGAGAGGGGAGGGCUGCUCCUGUCACUCAUGCCUGGUCUGCUGGGUGACCCAGAUGACGUUAUCGAUUUGUACGUGGGACGCUUACCUCCUGUAUAAGAAUAGCCUAUAAGCUAUAACACUUGAUGUUUGUAUACUACUUGAACUACCUUCAGGACUGACGUCUCUUUGUGUUGUAUGCACGUGUGGCUGGAUUCUGGGCCGCAUGUUCGUAGUUGGUACUUGGUGCGGGUGCCUUGUGUACCGUAGUUGCGUUGUCCUUGCCGUAAGUGCGUUGUUCUCUCGCUUUUGCUUUCUGUAGAUGUUUCUGUAAGUCUGUAACAAAACCGCACGUCAGGCAGAUAGUGGGGCCUGCUUCUCUCAUGACGUCAUGAGGGCAGAGGCCCCUGCGAAAGGUUUGCCGCGUAGCGUGUGCAUGACAGGCACUGGUGUUUAAUGCCUUAAUGCACGCUGAGACACCAACGGGGACACGCGGCGACACCCCCAAUUAUAGCGCAGGCUUUGCAGAGCCGACCAGGAUAUCGUGAAGAAAUCAGUGAGUGAUGUUGGCCUUGGAUCGUGCUUCUCCUUAAAAGAGAUGGUAUAUCGGCAGCAGCGCGUACAUGCGCCUUACCCCCUGGACGUUUCAUGUCCUGCCUUCCUUGAAGGUCCGGCAUAGGAGAGCUACUUCCCUGCUUUGCCAGCCAUGCAUGCCGUGUCUCAUAGAUACUAUGUCCCUGUGCACUCUUAUUUGUAACCACUUGUAGCUAUGCUGAACCAGAAACGUUUCGUAUGUACGUACGGUAUGCAACCAGCUAGAUUUUCAGGAAGCCCAGAUUAACAGUUCCCAGGCUGAAAUAAAAAGGCUUAAUGCCGCGGUUAGCCUGCGUGAGGCCUCGGCAAGAAAUAAUCUAUCCUGAGUAAACCGGAUCCAGUAUGUUACGAAAUAGAAGUUGGGUACACUGCUCGCGAGACCCUGCAAGCUUAGCCGUUGGACUUCACUUCCUACAUAUGAAUGAAUGUUUACAUUACACGUUAAAUCCUCCGAAGGCUGGUACCUUGACUUCAACACGAAAGACACUCUUGCAAGCUGUUGAGAACAAUUGACGCUCUAAGCCCUCUUAAUAUGAUGGUGUGCAGUAUACCAUUUUUACCAUGCUCCGAAUUUGUGUUACCAGAUAACGAGCCGUUGGCGAAGCACAACUUCUAUACGCCCGGUGCACACACCUAGAUUUACGACCCCAUAUAAUACAGCCUUGGCAGACGUGGGCGUUCUUUGCAGACGACAGCAGAGGAAUGGACGUCAAAGCUCGUCUUCGGUCUGCAUUGUUAUCCUUGGAGGACCGGCACCUGAGUGCUCAGGGGAAUUUCGCUAUCAAGCUGCUAAUCGAUAAGCUGAAGACAGUACAGCAAGCAUGCAUGGUUGUCAAAGAACUCGUGUCAGGGCUCGACAAAUGCAGCAGAUCUUCUGCCAACAACCGUGUUAUGUUGUUGUCUUACCUGCUGGCGACCCAGGGUCACCUGAGCCCCGUAAAAGGCUUGCCGCAAGCCAUGCCAAGCCUUGUAGCUUACCUGCAGCGCCAACAUCACUCCACGAACAACGACGAGCUAGCCACGCUGGGCUGCCGGCUGGGCCAGGCGCUCGCGGCGGCACUAGGAAGCGGCGGCAGUGCCAGCCCUCAGGGGGCCCAAUCGUACGGCUGGGCGGACACAAGUCAGCUGCCUGACGGGCGCAGAGGAUCUGCGGCAACAACAGAGGGAGGCGCAGACGGGGCAGCGCCGUUCGCCGCGGAGCCAGCCUGGGUGCUGAACCACCUGCUGCUGCCGCUGCUGCGGGUUGCAUGCAAGGGCCCCGAGCGCGACGCCAUGGCAGCCGCAUGCGCCCUGCUGGUACCGCUGGUGGACUCCAUGGGGAAAAGCGCGGGCGCGACGGCACUCGGCACUGGGGGAGGCGGCGGCUUUGGGGGCGGCGGGGCUACAGCAGCGGAGUCUUCGGGUGUGGGUGCGGUGCUGGUUCGGCUGGUGGCGUGGGCCUUCUCACUGCUGGGCAGCCCAGCGGCACCGCAGCGCUCGGCGGGCGUGUUGCAGCUGUUUGGGAGCUGUGUGCAGGCACUAGGCCAGAGCCUGGAUGCUGACCUUGCCAAGCGCAUGCUGCUGGCUGCCACCUCGGGCCUGGACUGCACGGAGGAGUGGCAGGUGCGGCGCGAGGCUGCCAACCUGGUGCGGGCGCUGGCGGCUCUGGGGGCGGCUGCAGCGGCGCGCGGGGAGUGCGAUGCCGAGAGCGGCGCAGCGGGGGCGUGGAUGGCGGGGCCGCACCGCCGGGAGUUCCUCAUGCAGUCCCUGGAGUCCAUUCGCCACGACAAGUUCCCUGCCGUACGCUCAGCCUACCAAGCCGCCGCCGCCGUAGUGGCGCUGUUGCCAGCUGAUCCCGACGACUUCAGCCUUCCCCUCGCACCCUCCACGGCCGCCGCCAACGCAGCAAGCGUAGACCUAGUACGGGCCCCCUCCGCCCAACCGCACAUGCGUCCUGCCGCCGCCCUCCCUGCAAACACCUACAGCACCGAUGGUGGCGGCGGCAGCAUGCAAGGGGGCCGCGGCGGCGGCGGCGGCCCCGGCGCCUCUUGGGCUGCCGUGGUGCCCUUGUCAGGGGAGGAGGUGUAUGAGCAGGAGUACGAGGAGGAGGCGCCUCGGGAGUGGGGCCGGCAGGAGCCGGUGUCCUCGUCCUCCCGUGCGCCGCCUGCUGACGGGUGGGGCUGGUCCGCCCAGCAGCCGCCCGCACGUCCCCGCAGCGCUUCGCCCAGUAGCGGAGCCACGUCGAGGUUCGCGGCGGAGGCCGCCACGGCGGCAGCGGUGGCGUCGCGGCGUCAGGUCUCGGCGGGAUUUGGCGAGGAGUUUGGAGGCUUGGGUGAGGCAGUCGGGGAAUCGGGGCAGGGCGGCUCCUAUGCCGCCAGCUACGCUGCCUCUGUAGCUGCUGCCGGCGGCCAAGGUGUGGCCUGGCAGGCCUCUCACGCUGCUGCUGUGGGCGCCGCGAACGGUGGUGGCUUCGGGAACAGUGCUGCUGCUAGCAGCGGUGCCGCUAGGAAUCUACAAGCUGCCGGGGGCAGCGGCAGCAGCAGUGGGCAGGGUGAGGCGUACGGAGCGCGAGCGGCUGCUAGGAACAGCUAUCCGGGCGCGGCAGCCGCUGGGGGAGGAGGUGGGGGCGCAGCUGCUGGCUCCAGGGGGGCUGCUGCUGGUGCUGCUAGCGGCGAGGCGUGGAGCAGCCGCAGCGGGGCACGCUGGCCGGCGCCCGGCGGCGAUGCAGACAUGCCUGCACUGCUGCCUUGCAAGAGCCCCCGCCUGCGUCCGAGCGUGGACGACCGGCGGCCCGCAAACCACGCCGAGCCCCCACGGCUGCGGCCGCCGCCGCAGCAGCCCAGCCGCGCCACCACCACCACUCCCGCUUCCGGACCUCCUGCAUCGACCCGAGUACGGAAUCCCUCGCCGCCGCCGCUGCCGCCAGCGCAGCAGCGGGCGCGGCAGGGCGCUCCGCUGAUGCAGCCCCCCUGGAGGUGUCCCUCACGCGGCCCCUCGCCUCGUCGCACCAGGGCAUGCAGCCCUGGAGGCGAGGUUGCGACCACGGAGGACAGUGCCGCCGGAGGUGGAGGUGGCGGCGGUGGAGGAAGUGGAGGUGGAGGUGGAGGCGGUAUGCGAGGACCAAGUCCACCACGUGAGGUCGCUGGCGGUGGUGGCGGCAGCGAGGCCCGGGGGUUGGCUGGAGGAGCAGUAGCUGCUGCCCUGCGCGAUCCGGUUGAUUGCAGGGCUGGCGGGGGCGGGGGCUCCUCGGGCGAUGAAGGCUGGCGUUCCGGAGGGGAUGCCGGUAGCGGCGGUGCUGGGAGAGGCGGCGGCGGCCGUGCUGCUCGGGACCCCUCGCCCACGUCGUCCCGGCCGCAUCAAGGGCAGCCCGGCAAUGCCGCCGCUAUGCGGGGGAGCACAUCGGGGUCGGAGGCUCGCAGCAGGCCGGGGGGAGCGGUGGCGGCGGACCGCUGCGGGCCCGUGUCUUCGUCCCCGCCACGGCGCUUCCAGCGGCAGGAUCCCUCGCGAGUCAGCCUGGGCUGGUCCGGCGGCUACCGCCCGCCCCGCGGCAGUCCACGCUUCCGGCGCCCCUCCCUGUCCCUCCCGCCCGAGGACUUCGGCGUGCAAAUCUUUGCCAAGGAGCCCUCACCCUCGCCGCCGCGACCUGUCGCCCCCGCAGCAGAUGCCGGUCGCUGUCGCAGCCCCGGCCCCAACACCGCCCCUCAGCAAUACGUAGUGGACGUACGCACCACUGGCGAUCAGGUUUCUGCACUCGUGGUGGCAACACCAGAACGCAUCCCACACCCCAGCCCGGGACGCGGCGUUGGGGCUGGCCCGGCCGGCGCCGCAGCAGCAACCCACAGCAGCCCCCUGCGUGCUCGGCGGGGGCCUGAGGAGACCGCCAGUGACCCGUGGUAUGGCGGCAACCCGCAGCAGGAUAGGGCCCGGCGCCAGGGCUCACCGCUGAGGCCGGCAGCCGCGGCAAUGGCGGCGGCUGGGGCGGUGGCUGCUAUCAAUGGGGCUGAGGGGCCUCAGCCGGUGCACAUGACUGCGCGGGUGCAGCUCCUGGGUGGAGGAGAGCCGCCACAGGGCUCUGGAACCCAGCAGCAGCAGCAGCAGUCACGGCAGCAGCGGCGUGGGACGCAGGAUGCCUGGCAACAGUACGGCAUGCAAGGGGGAGGAUGGACCGGCGGCGGCGGGGAUGCAUGGGAAGGGGACACGGCGGCUAGCAGCGACGACAGCGGCAGCUUCGGCCGGGAGGGCAGCGAUGCGGGUGCGGCGGCGCUCGGGGAGCAGCUACAAGCCCUGGUGGACCAGGCGAGAUCCCUGCAGGCCUCCCUAGCUCUCGCAAGCAGGCAGGACGCCGGGGGCGGCCGCAAGCAGCGCCGCCGCUGGGACACGCAGCCGCGCCGCGGGUCCAGCCACACAGCCCCCGCAUGGACCCGUGAGUCAGCUGAGCUGCAGCCCGCGCCGACCCCCGUGCCGCGCUUCGGGCUGGACCCGGCGGCCGCCUCCGCCGCUGUACAACAGCUCCAGCUGCUGCUGCAGCAAGCUGCAAGCGCCCAGGCCAGCCUGCAGCUGCUGCUGUCAGGCGUGGGGGCUCCCUCCGCGCUGCAGGGGGCGGUCCAGCGGCUGCAGGAGCUGGUGGUGGCACUGCAGGGCGCCGGCGCCACGAGCGGACCCCAGGCUUCAUCAGGCAACCCACCCAUGCCGGGCACGUCACUGUCCGACCCGUCACGUCUGGCUAACAAUCCCGACCAGCGACUGGCUGGUCCGGCAGCAGACAUGGCGGGGCGGGUCAGCACGGCAUCCUCCGUAUUCGAUAUUGAGACCACCAGCAUCAUCCGAGAAUUCAUUCAGCAGGUUGAGGCGACCCGCGACUCCCUCAAUCGCGCAACCGGCGACGGCGACCAACCCAAUGCCGCCUACCCCCGCGAGCCCCGCCGCACCACUAGCUCUAGAUCCGAUUGGCCCAGUAGCGGCCCCGGCUUCGCAAUCGCACAGCUCAACAGCGGCCAACAGAGCAGCGUGCCGCCAGUGCGCCGGGGAGCGCCUGCCGUCGAUAGCGCCGUCGAAGGCAACCAAGGCUCAAGCACUCUUCCACCGAGCAGCUUCCCCCCAUCAUCGGCCGCGCAGCCGCCGCUUCAGCACGCGCCCGGCCAGUUCGGGCAAGCCUCCAUGGGUCCUUCCGGCGGGGCCAUGGCAGCUGCUGCCGCUCCCCAGCGUUGGGGUGGAGAUGGUGGUGUUGGUUCCGGCAUGGGGGUAAACAGGAUGGCUUCAAUACCGCCCGUUCCGGCAGCUGCCGCUGGCGGCGGCACCAAAAGGGGCGCCAGCGCGCCACCUCGCACCGCCUGGGGCUCCGAGACGCAGCUCCAUGCGACCGGCUCACCCCGCGUGCGCUUCUCCGUUUCCACGGGCGGAGACGGCGACAGCGUGAUGCGUGCUUCCGGCGUGGCUGCUUCGGGUGUGGCGUCCGGAGGAGGUGGGCGAGAGGAGCCGCGCGUGUUGUGGCCUGGCAGGGACGACGAGGGAGGAGACGGGGGCGCCGCCAGAGCUCCCUCGCAGCAGCAACCGAACACUACUGCGGCGUUAGGAGCGCUGGUUCACCGCACAGCGUCAUUGCCGCUGCCCGGGGCCCGGCCGCCACGGCCAACCGUGCCGGUACAGCAGCAGCAACCGCAACAACAACAGCAGCCGCAGCAACAGCAGCAAUGGCAGGAACAGGAGCAACAUCACGUGUACCACGAAACCCACGGACAACAGCAAGGAUGGAACCCAGAUGCUCGGUCUGCUGGGUUUCCUGCUGAUCUGGAUCCUGCGGCAAUGUACGGACGGCAGCCUGCCAUGCAGCAAGCUCCCCCGAGCCAACCAUCAAGGCAGCCCAUGCAGCAAAGUAUGGGCCCGCAGUACAACGGCUUUGCGCACGAUCCCUGGCAACAAGCGCAGCAUGAAGCGGUAGCUUGGGGCGCUGCGUCGGUUGGUCAACAAGGCGAGGCCAGCAUGCAGGCUGGCAUGGCAACUGCUCCUGCCAUACAGCACUUUGCAACGGCAGCCGCCGCGACGGGCUGGACCACACCCGAUGUAGACUUUGAGGACUACCAGCACAUGCCGCGGGUCAUUGACUUCCGGCCUCUAGUUCCUGUGGCGACUACUCGGCCGCCGGUGAUGCCUGUGGGCAGUAAGGGCAGCAGCAAGACCAGCAGCGACGGAGGGAGUGACGCAGGCGGCUCAGCAGCAAGUGCAAGCGCACGAGCGCCCAAGGCGCCGCCACGCUCCACCUCGCCCAUCCAGGACGUCAUGUCACGCCUGCAGAGCCUCGGCGCGGGUCUGGAGCCGUGGGAAUCCAGGCACCAGCCGACGCAUAGCGCCUCACACCGGCAUUCCCCUCCACGGCCACCGGUGCAACAGACAGUGGCGGUGCCAACUCACGCCCUGACGCGCCCUCCGCUGCACCCAGGCGCCCACCCACCACCUCCACGGGCACUCCAACGGUAUCCAACCGUAGCGGCUGCGCCGCCUCCACUCCCUCCCCAUCCACCUGUGCCUCCUCUACGCCUCUCGCCCAGUUUGGACGCGCCAACAAGCUCUGAAACGCAAACGACUCUGCCCUCGGUGCAAACCGUCUUCGCUCCAGAGCUCAGCCACCUCAGCCUCACUCCCCGUGCACCUGCGACCGGUGCCUCCACCGGGGCCGUGGACGACGUCUGGGCUGGCACCGCCGCCGCCGCUGUAGCGUCAGCAAGCCGUCUGGCAGCCUUGGACGUUGGUGACACCGCCACCUCGCGUCCCUCCUUUGCACCGGGAACAACGGCGGAAGACCCCUCGCGGGAUGCUACAGCGGCGGCGGUCAUGAUGCCGCUGCCUGCAACGGCGAGGUCUAGGGUUUCGGGCGCGCAGGGGCCCUUCGGAGUUACCUCUCCACACAAAGGAGGAGCGUUGCCGUUGCAUGCAUCUGCCGCUGACGCCGGGCAAUCAGCAACGCGAACAGCAGCUUGGCCGCCAAAGUCUCCUCGGUCGCAUGCCGUGACGGCCGCUGCAGCAGAAGCAGAUGUCCAUGCCGGAAUGAGAACAGAGCCAGCGGGCGCGGUUGCACUGCCGUUGGAUGUCGGAGGACCCUUGGACGGCGGCCUUUCACCAAGGUCUGCACCGCCACACCCGAUGAGUCUUGCACUGGAGCCGCUUCUGCUGGAGCUGAGUACGGCAGCACCCGGUGAAGGGGGCCAGGCUAUCGUACAUGGCAGUGUCGCCAACGCCGCCGGCCAUCCAGAACUCUCCGCUCCUGCAUCGCUUCUGCGGGCGUCGUUGUUCAGCUUGCGCUCAUCUGCGGGUGGCGACCAGUGGGUGGAGAUUGGCGCCAGCGCGGUUUUCAGGGAGGGGCAGACCGGUGGAGAGCAGGAGCCAGAAGGGCCUCUGGGUGCGCUGCCGGCGCCGGCCAGUGCGCAGGAAGGAGCAUUGGAAUCAGCUGGUGGUGCCAGCGGCGGCGGCAGCGGUAGAGGGGCCGAGAUCCUGCAGGUUGCAUGUCAGGCAAGCGGGUCAAGCUCGCCAGCGGGACGCACGGCGGCCGGGGAAGCUGAUGUGGCCCAUUGCGCUGACCCUAAGCCUGGCGGACAUGUGGAGUCAUGGCUGGAUGGUGGCGAAGAGGACGAUCAGGAGGCGUACUUACUGCCAACACUGGAUUCGGUGCCACAUGCCCACGUCCCAAGCCCUGCCGGGCGUGGCGAGGUGGAUGCAUCCCUCGCAAGGCUUUUCCCAGCAACAGCAGCAGCCAUGGCGCAGCAACGGAUGGCGACGUCAGAUGCCGCUCAUGCAGGCGGUACUGCACUGGAGGCAUUGGACGUAGCGAUCGGCGAUGUUGCCGGUCCGUCAAAUUGGCUUCGGUCCUCCUUAGGAGCAAUGCCCACACCGCUCGCCAGUCCCAGGGGCGGCACCAGCACCUCACCGAACAGGCUCCGCGCUUCCGUUGGUGAUGCGUACCCCCCGUUGGUACCAUCUGUGGAGCCUACAUUGGGCCCAGGGAUGGAAAAGCCUCACAACAUGCCGAGGACGCUGCGCCCUGACAAGGUUCAAGCACUGCGGGCGUCGGCCACUGGCCUGGCCAGGUCUAGUACCGAGGCUGUGCGGGAAGUUGAAGGACUGGUGGAGCGGUUGACAUUGCUGCAGCAGCAGCUAGCGCAGAACCGCAGGAAGAAGUUGGAGGAGAGACGUGUGGCCCAAGACGCCGGGGCCGUAGCGGUUGGAGGCAACACGGCAAACGCCACUGCCGGCCAGGGGGGCAACAACAGCACGAUAGCACCCGCUGGUGACACGUGCGAGCCCAGUGAGGGGGACGAAGACGUGUUCGAGCUGCCCCUUAUACAUUGAAUGGCAGCAGAGUGCGGAAUGCUGACGCUAAACACAUGUUGACUGGGGUUACGAUGAUAUGCUGCCGUUCCCUUGGCAGACGGGAUAAUUGUUCAGGUGUACCGCAACGACAUGCCGCGUGA